CAAGCCACGGUAGGAGAACCUGGAAGUGAAAUUAAAAGCUUCAACUUUUUCCUCCACUCUCUGACACAACUUCCUGACCCUGGCAGAGAACACAAGAUGAAGUCUCUACUAAUAGUGGUGGUUCUGACCGUAUGCGAAGCAGCCCCUGAAGAUCUCACAGGAAAAACCUUCAGCUUUUCAAAGGAAACCAAAACGGACUAUGUGAAGCUGAUCCCAACAAGCGAGAUGUUGACAGCCAUCACAGUCUGUCUCAGGUCCUUCACAGACCUCAAAAGAAGCCACGGCCUCUUCUCCAUGUCCUCUACCUCCAUGUUCAAUGCCUUCCUGAUUUUUAAGGAGGAUACAGAAAAUCGGUUCCAGUUGUUUGUCAAGGAUUCUUCCGCAUCCUUUUUUGAGCAGGAAUACAAGCUGAACACCUGGCACUCUAUCUGUGCCACCUGGGAUGGAAAGACUGGGGUGGUGCAGCUUUGGCUGGAUGGAAGACCUAGUGGCAGAAAAUACUGUACUGAUGGAACCUUAAGAUCAAACAGUUUGAUCAUGCUAGGACAGGAGCAGGAUUCCCACGGUGGCCGAUUUGACAUUAAGCAGAGCUUCGUCGGCAUGAUGACGGAUGUCCACAUGUGGAACUUUGUCCUCUCUUCCUGUGAGAUCCAGCGCUAUGUAGAGGACCUUAACUACUCCCCAGGCAACGUGAUUAACUGGAAAGCCCUAAAUUAUGCGAUUGUAGGGAAAAUACUUGUGACUGACAAAAACGACGUGUGUCCAUGUCUUGCAAAGAGGAAGAUGACAAAUAUAUUAAAUCAGUCCUGCCAGGGUUGAUGGAUAUCCGCUGAACGUGUUGUGAAUCAUUGUCAAAUGUAUUUUCAAUUACAUUGUAAUGAAAUGAAUAAACCGUUUGAUGACUGUC